CUCCCGACUCCUCUCACUCAGAAAACAGGAAUCUUGCAGUUUUUCUUCGGGAUCCAACCAAGUUUUAUCGUAGGAGGAGUUUCUUUAUUUUAUUCUUAUUUUUUUUACAAUGACAGCUACCAAGGAGCAGCCGAACCAGAGACAGAAUCAACCGCAGCAGGAUGAGGACCUGGGUGGGGGGAGUCCUCCGCAGAGGAACUGGAAAGGGAUUGCCAUUGCUCUGCUGGUCAUCCUGGUGGUCUGCUCCCUCAUCACCAUGUCUGUCAUCCUCCUCACACCAGCUGACAGCCAAGCUGGAAGUGACACCAAACUGACUGUGGAGGAUUUGUUCAAACCUGAAUUCAAGGUCCACGACCCUGAGGCUAAAUGGAUCAAUGGGAGGUUUGGGAGCUGGACCCCCCUGAGGUGGUGAACUCAGUGCUGCAGUACGCUGCUUGGGGAGUGCAAGGCCAACAACUGAUCUACAUAUUUGAAAAUAACAUCUACUACCAAUCUGAUGUCAAGAGUAACUCCCUUCGACUAACAUCCUCUGGGAAGGAAGGGGUCAUCUUCAAUGGAAUUGCUGACUGGCUCUAUGAAGAGGAAAUCCUUCUGACCCAUGUGGCACACUGGUGGUCACCUGAUGGAGAGAGACUGGCCUUCCUGGUGCUCAAUGACAGUCUGGUGCCCAACAUGGCUUUACCUCGCUUCACCGGCAUGGCGUACCCCAAAGGAAAGCAGUACCCAUACCCCAAGGCUGGCCAACCCAACCCAGUGGUGAAGCUCUAUGUCGUGAACCUUUACGGGCCCACGCACACGCUGGAGCUCAUGCCUCCAGAGACCCUCAAACUACGGGAACAUUAUGUGUCCAUGGUGAAGUGGAUCAGCAAGACCAAGACAUCUGUGAGGUGGUUGAACCGCGCCCAGAACAUCUCCAUCCUGACUGUGUGUGACACUACCACUGGAGCCUGUGUCACGAGACAUGAAGAAAGCUCUGAGCUCUGGCUCUCCAAGCAGAACCAAGAGCCGGUGUUUUCCAAAGAUGGCAACAGGUUCUUCCUGACUGUUCCGGUCAAACAAGGAGGACGUGGAGAGUUCCAUCACAUCGCCAUGUUCACCACACAGUUCAGAGCAGAUCAAAAUGAGGUCCGACAUCUAACAUCAGGAAACUGGGAGGUGACCAGGAUCAUCGCAUAUGAUGAGAACACUGACAACCUUUAUUUUCUCAGCACUGAGGGUUCUCCACGAAGGCGGCAACUUUUCAGCGUUAAAACUGUGGGUCUGUUCCCACGACGGUGUUUAACGUGCGAGUUAAACAAAGCUCACUGCCUGUUCUUUGAUGCUGACAUCAGCCCCACAGACCAGCACAUCAUCCUCCAAUGUAAAGGCCCUGGAGCCCCGAGUGUGAUCUUACACAGCCUCAAUAACUCAAAUUACUACAUUCUUGAGAACAACUCUUUCCUGAAGGCAGCCUUGAAGUACAAAAGGAUCCAGCUGACUGACUUCAGAACUGUUCCAAUGGAACAUUUUGAUUUACCUUUGAAGAUGUCCUACCCACCAGACUUCUCCGAUUCCCGUCACUAUGGACUGCUGCUGCUGGUUGACAGCGCCCCCGGUGGUCAGGCAGUGAGUGACCGCUUCUCUCUCAGCUGGGACUCGGUGUUGGUCAGCUCUGAAAACAUCAUCGUGGCUCGUCUGGACGGCCGAGGCAGUGGCUUCCAGGGUCAGAGGAUUCUCCAUGAGGUUCACCACAGACUAGGGAGUGUUGAUGUCCAGGACCAGAUUGCAGCAGUAGAAUACAUGAUGAAAUUUCCAUAUAUUGAUCGGACACGGAUAGCAGUGUUUGGAAAGGGUUAUGGAGCCUACAUAACUUUAAUGAUGCUCAAGUCGACUGACAGCAUCUUCAAAUGCUCAUGUGCAAUGUCACCAGUGACGGACUGGAAACUCUACGCAUCAGCGUUCUCUGAGAGAUACCUUGGCAUGCCAUUACGGGAUGACAGCAGAUACCAGUUUUCCAGCGUGCUACAGAACAUCCAAGCACUUAGGGAGCAGACACUGAUGCUGGUGCAUGGCACAGCAGAUGCCAACAUCCACUUUCAGCACACUGCCGAGCUCGUCAAAAACCUUGUGAAAGUUGGAGCAAACUACUCAAUGCAGAUCUACCCAGAUGAGGGUCACUUCCUGUCUCAGCAGAGCCGCCAUCACCUCUAUGCCACACUGACCAGCUUCUACAGGGAGUGUCUGAAGGAGGAGGUACUACCACUGCCUGACGAGGAAGACGAGGAGGAGGAGUAGACUGGAGGUUACAAGGGUUCGACCUUUGGCACAGCUUGACAGAAUUUUACUAAAGUCCGUUAAGGCUUUUCACAUUUGGACCAAGUGUUUAGCUGGACAUGGACACUGGGUUAGAGCUUCUGUUGCUCUCAAGUGUGUGUGUGUGUGUGUGCGUGUGUGCGUGCAUGUGUGCGUGUGUGUAUGUGUUCGAUUGUGUGUAAAUGUGCUGAAAAGAUAACUGGAGGACACAACAGUGACACUUGUAUUGCCGGGACUUGAGACAGGAACAGCCCUCUAGCAUUAAAUCAUUUCACUUUUGGGAUGCUCCAUUUCUCGGCAAAGCACAUGGAAGACUGCCUCCAUCUUGUGCAGGCUCUCCGGGCUGUAGUCAUCCACACUUAAGAAAGUGCAUGGUUCUUUUCCCCCCCCUCUUCCCUCCUUUUACUCAUUUUGCCAUGUUAGUCUGCUUUGUGGUAACACUUGGGAAGAAAAGAACACAGAUCUGCACUUCCGAUCUCACCUCUCCUUUGGUUGUUGUGUUGUGUUGCACAAGGAAAUGCUCCAAUCAUCCACAAAAAUGUUGCAUCACACAAGUUCACCACAAUUGAGUCGAUCCUGAAUAAGUGCAAUUUCCUGCUGAAACCCUCUGCCAUGGUCCAUCCUAAACAGAACCAGUCUUUAUAGGUCUCAUUUUAUUGUACAGGGGUAUGUGUAGACAUGUACAAUGCCUUAUGAGGUUCAUCAUACUGUAAUGUUCUUGCUGGCAUUGGUAGUCAUUAGCAGUGUCAUAUAAACCUAUGUCAACUCAGGUCCUCGAGACACAGCAUUGCAGUUUAGUAUCUGAACUAUGUCAGCUGUUUGGUCAUGAAUAAGUUAGGAAUUCUAUAUGAAGAUAAUGGAUAUUUGAUAUUUGCCACACUGCAAAAGUCCUCCAUCUUAAUAUGCCAUUGGCCUAUUGUUUAAAUCGAGUGGUGGAAUCUCGUUGACGCUGCGAGAGACCACUUUUCAAUACAUCUCCACCAGAUUUAAGAGCUUUCCUUAAGUCAAAAGACCUUUUCUGGAGUUUUGGAUACUUUUAGUUCAAGGAAAAAAUAAAUAAAAAGGGGACAAUGGCUGUACUAAGAUGGAUACAUUUACAGUGUCAGUAAGGUGUUUGCAUGUCUACAGGGAAUGUGUCAAGUGUUGCCACAUUUUGUAUAGUACAAUACAGCAGAGUGUGUACAUAAAUAUAUUUUUGAGAUGUCAGAUCUCAUAGGAAGUUUAGUCUAUGGGGAUGGAUUGAUUUGACCUUGAUGUCUUGUAUGUUUUUUUUCUGUUUUUCCUUUCAGCUGUUGAUUUUUAGGAUGGAUUUUGUAAAGCUUCUUGUUCUUUUUGCUGUUUUAAAAGGGAAAGGGAUAGGCUGAGGUUUUGGGAUUAUUGUGAUUGUCCUAUAGUGAUGAUUAUGAAUAAAAAGAAACAAUGAAAAACAAUGAGGCAUGCUGAUGUGUAAGGCACACGUUACAAAAAAAUCAAAUCAGCUACGUUUGUUUCGCAGGAUCGAUUGUUUGAGAAGAUGAAUAAUUCAAUCGUCUUAACGCUUCAAUUUAAUCUUUCAUUUGUUGUUGUUUUGUUCAUCACAGGAGUCGCAUUAAGGAGACGAGGCAGUCUUUCAUGGCCUCGGGACCCCUACAUUAAUGAUGUAGACGGCAUGGUCUGCUUGUUUAGAGUGAUCACUGCCUUAACUUUGUGUGUCUGUGUGCAUUAAUCAGUGGCUGCACUCACUGGCCUGAAUGUCCAAGCAGAUGUUAAGUCUGCUGAAGGACAGAGACUCUUUAAUCAGUGUUUUG